UCUGGCCCAGCGGCGCCCCGAGUCUGCCCCCCACGCCUUUCUAAAGUUGGGGAACUCAGGAGAACCUUCAGGAUAAGCGUUGGGACAACUCCCGCUAGUUGUUGUGUACAUGUGCGCAGUGAGCGGGCCGAGCCGAGAGGAAGCGAGAGCGCCCGAGUUUGCAAAGAGCUGCUUUGUGUUUGGUAUUUUGAGAAAAUGGCCGAAUGCCUAUUUCAGUCAGGAAUGCCGCCGCCGAGGCAGGCGCUGGUGGCAGGGCACGUAGGAAUUCGUGCGGCACGUUGGGCUUUCGGGCCGUGCUGGGACGGUCUUCCCUACAAACGUUAAAAUUCCUUCAGGGAUGAAUACAGUUAUGGCCACCCAGGUAAUGGGCCAGUCUUCUGGAGGAGGGGGGCUGUUCACCAGCGGUGGCAACAUUGGCAUGGCCUUGCCUAACGACAUGUAUGACUUGCAUGACCUCUCCAAAGCUGAACUGGCUGCGCCUCAGCUUAUCAUGUUGGCAAAUGUGGCCUUAACUGGGGAAGUAAAUGGCAGCUGCUGUGAUUACCUGGUGGGUGAAGAGAGACAGAUGGCAGAAUUGAUGCCUGUGGGGGAUAACAACUUUUCAGAUAGUGAUGGAGAAGGACUCGAUGAGUCUCCUGAAAUAAAAGGCGAACCCAGUGGACUAGAAAACAUGGAACUGGAAAGUUUGGAGCUCAGUGUUGUAGAACCACAGCCUGUGUUCGAAGUAUCAGCUGCCCCAGAAACUUAUGACUCAAAUAAAGACCUUCCUCUGGAAACACCUGGAACAGAGGACAAAUGUAAGAACUUGAAGACCAAACCCUUUCGCUGUAAGCCAUGCCAGUAUGAAGCAGAAUCUGAAGAACAGUUUGUGCAUCAUAUCAGAGUUCACAGUGCCAAGAAAUUUUUUGUGGAAGAAAGUGCAGAGAAGCAAGCAAAAGCCAGGGAAUCUGGCUCUUCUACUGUGGAGGUGGGAGAUUUCUCCAAGGGCCCCAUUCGCUGUGACCGAUGUGGCUACAAUACCAAUCGUUAUGAUCACUAUACUGCUCACCUGAAGCAUCACACCAGAGCUGGGGAUAAUGAGCGAGUCUACAAGUGCAUCAUUUGCACGUACACAACAGUAAGCGAAUAUCACUGGAGGAAACACUUGAGAAACCAUUUUCCAAGGAAAGUAUACACAUGUGGGAAAUGCAACUAUUUUUCAGACAGAAAAAACAAUUAUGUUCAACAUGUUCGAACUCAUACAGGAGAACGCCCAUAUAAGUGUGAGCUUUGUCCUUACUCAAGUUCUCAGAAGACUCAUCUAACUAGACAUAUGCGUACUCAUUCAGGUGAGAAGCCAUUUAAAUGUGAUCAGUGCAGUUAUGUGGCCUCUAAUCAACAUGAAGUUACCCGCCAUGCAAGACAGGUUCACAAUGGGCCUAAACCUCUUACUUGCCCACACUGUGACUACAAAACAGCAGACAGAAGUAACUUCAAAAAACAUGUAGAGUUACAUGUUAAUCCACGGCAGUUCAAUUGCCCUGUAUGCGACUAUGCAGCUUCUAAGAAGUGUAAUCUGCAGUAUCAUUUCAAAUCUAAGCAUCCUACUUGUCCUAAUAAAACAAUGGAUGUCUCAAAAGUGAAACUAAAGAAAACCAAAAAGAGAGAGGCUGACUUGCCUGAUAACAAUAUGACCAAUGAAAAAACAGAAGCAGAACAGACAAAAAUAAAGGGGGAUGUGGCUGGAAAGAAAAAUGAGAGGGCUGUGAAAGUGGAGAAAAAAGACAAUGUUUCAAAAGAGAAAAAGCCUUGCAGUAAUGCCUCAAUCCAGAUUACUACCAGAACUCGCAAAUCUGCAGUGGAAACUAAAGAAAUGGAUAUGCAGACAGGGAAUAAUUCAGAAAAAACUUGUAAAACCAAGAAAAGCAAAAGGAAGGUGGAAGCUGAAGUCAAUUCCUUACAAGAUCCUGUUAAUGAUGAGGGACCUGUGACAAAAAAGAAAAAGAAGGCAGAAAGCAAAUCCAGAAAUAAUCAAGAAGUGCCAAAGGCUGAUGGCAAAGUUGAGAAUAAAAAGCAAAAUACGUGCCUGAAAAAAACUGCAAAGAAGAAAACUCUGAAAAAUAAAUUAAGUAAAAAAAGCAGCAAGCCUGUUCAGAAGGAGACUGCUCAGAGGGGUACUCAGGUAGAGCCUCUGCAGAUGGAACCUGCUCAGACUGAGCCUCCUUCUCCUAUAGAGUCUGCCCAGCCGGGGCCUCCCCAGCCAGAGUCUCCCCACAUGGAGCCGCCGUCUCCCAUGGGGCCUGCUCAGCUAGAGGUUGUUCAGAAGGGGCCUGUUCAAAUGGAGCCUCCCCUUCACAAGGAACCGAUUCCCAAAAAGUCUCCUCAAAAAGAUAGUAAAAAGGAAAAGGCCAACAUGCUGAGUGAAAUGGUACUGAAGGAGCAAGUCCUUAUUGAAGUUGGCUUAGUGCCUGUUAAGGAUAGCCAGCCUCUGAAAGAAAAUGCUGAUGCACUGGAUCUCUCACCACCAUCACCAUUGCUGCCAAACGAAAACCUAAAAGAAGAGGAGACAAAAGACCAAAAAUUACUCAGCGAAGGCAAAGGAAAUAAAGAAACUCCUCUUCAAAAAGUAGAAGCAGAAGAGACAGAUAAGAGUCCAGCAGGACUUGCUGCUGUUAUCAAGGAAUCUGCCAGUAUUUCAUCCUUGGAACAAAACCUGAAUAUGCCAGAGGGUGGAACUUUAGAUGGCAGAUGUCAGGCUAACACUGUGCUUUCUGAAAUGGAAAUGGACACUGAUGAGAAUAAAACAGAGAAUCUCUCUGGCAGAGACUCAGCAGUUGAAGAACUAAUUUCACCACUGCUUCCCCUACCAACAGAAAAACAUGAAGUAGUGUCCAAAACUGCUGUGGCAUCACCUCCUGUCACCACGGCAAUAAAUAAGUCUCAGGAAAUGGAUGAAGAUGAAGGCAUCCACAGUCACGAUGGAAGUGAUCUAAGUGACAACAUGUCAGAGGGUAGUGAUGAUUCUGGAUUGAAUGGGGCUCGGCCAGUUCCACAAGAAGCUAGUAGAAGAAACGCUAAGGAAGCCUUGGCAGUCAAAGUGGCUGAUGGAGAUUUCGUUUGUAUCUUCUGUGAUCGUUCUUUUAGAAAGGAAAAAGAUUAUAGCAAACACCUCAAUCGCCAUUUGGUUAAUGUGUACUUCCUUGAAAAAGCAGCUAAAGGACAGGAGUAAUUAAGCUUUGGACAAGGCUUCAGUUCUUAGUUUGUAAGAUCUAUUACACUUUAUAUUCAUUUAUAGUAGUAGACAACCUUUUACUUUUAAAAUUGCUUUAUUUAGUGUCCACUGUUGAUUUUUAAGUGACACUUUUCCCUAGGACUAUAUACCUGUUGAUGGAUAGAUUUGAGCAAAUCCAAGGAAGUUAGUGUACUAAACCAGCAGAUACCUAAAUCUGUUAGCUUAUGCAUUUAACUGAAAUGAGAAGGCCUAGGUGGUAUAUGAUAAUCUGUUGCUUUGUCUAUAACUUGUCAGUUUUUCCUCCAUGUCUGUCUGCCUGUUUCACUUCAGUUUAUUUGUAGUUUCUUGUUUAGCUCUAUAAAAAUUGGCUUACUUAAAUAGCAAAUUACUUGAAGAAUUUGCCUGCUUUAUAUAAAGUUAGCACUUUAAAAUUUUUUUAGAUAAAAGAGACGUUUAAAUUGAGAAGUUCCCCAACAAUGGACAUUGUAUCAGUCCAGGUAUUUACUUUCUAAGUUUUGAUCAAUAUUUCUUAUUUGUAUAUGUUAAUCGUCAUAAAAACAAUGAUUUUGGUGUGUUUUUUUAUUUUGGUGCUUUAAUGGCUUAAGAUGUUGCACAUUUUUUUUUUAACCUAUGCAGUUAAAUUUUCUAGAAAUAGUAUUUGUGUUGAGCAGUAACACUUUAUACGUGUAUAUAUAUAUGUGUGUGUGUGUGUGUGUAUAUAUAUAUAUAUAUAUAUAUAUAUAUAUAUGCAUGUUUAUUUUGUUCUCUUUGGAGGGAUGCUUUUAGUCUUGUUUGCAAAGGGCAGUUUUCUUUUUUCCUUUGCUGCAAUUGUCUUUUGCAGAAUAUUAGUGUGUGCAAAUUUGUGAGCAAAUGAAACAUGCAGGUUCAAUCUAUUGAUUUUGAUUUUCACAUUUCUAUGCCAGAAUCUGUAUUUCAUAUAAGUUAUUUAUUUUAAAUGGAUGUAGUGAAUUCACAGCUCUCAUUUUGAAUUUCGCAAUAAACCACUAGGCUCUAUAUUGAGUGGAUUUUUAUCUCAAAUACCAACCAUAAGUAAAUUUUGGCGUUUUAGUACAGCUACUUCCUAAAUGUACAGUGUUAAGUCAGAUUUUUGAGGAAAACCAUUUUUUCAUAGGUGGUUGGUGUUCAUGUGGCUAUUCAGCUGAAUAAAGAACUAUAAGUGGUAACUUGGAAACUGCAAAUCUGGAAUUAGGAGGCAUAAUCACUCCUUUAAGUUACACAGAUUAUCAGUUGUGAGGUUCCAAAGCCAUAGCAUUACACAGAAAAUCUAGGAUGAGAGAGGAUGAGUACAGGUAGACCAGCUACUCCUUCCUGUAUACAAUAGAAAAGGCUGGUUAGACUUCUGUACAGUCCAGAUUUUUAAAAUCACAUUUUCUCAGGGAUCUCCACAAACUAGUGGGUGUCCUGGCUGUCCUGUGACAGCCUCUUUCUACAGGUGAGGCCUCAAAUGAAUUACAGCUAUCAUCAUGUUCCCGGGGGGGCACUUCAUAUGAAAAAGUGUGUGUACUCCCAGACUUUUUCAUAGGUUCUUUGGCUAAUUUGCCAAGGAAUAUCAAAGAAUCCGACAUAGGAUUUUUCUUGCUGAUAGCAGUUACUCAUUGCAGUAAAAUAAACUAUGAUCCCAAUAGGGAAUCUUAAAACAAUUCUGUUCCUCCCAUGUUCUAUUCUAAAAUAACCACUUUAUACUUCAUUUAUUUUCUUUUAUCUGGUGAUCUCUUUGAGGCAGGGUUCAAGAGUUUGGCAGUGCAACAUGAAAGGUUAGAAAACAACGUUGAUGAAGUGUGGGUGGAGAACUUGUUAAAAAUCUGAGAAUGAAGUUUGAGUUAAAAGACAUUUGAACUUGGAAUUGACUGGGAGGCCAAAGAUUUAAAGAAGAUGAUUCUCUCCAGACAUGAGGAGUAAGUUGUGUUUUAAUGGUGUGUGUUUUGUGUGCAUGAAUGGGAAUUUGUAAAUGAUGUUGAAUUCUAGGUGAAUUCUUGGCUCCGACAAUCAUUGUCAACAGAAGAUCAAGCUGCAAAUAUUUAUGUUUUAAAACUUAAAUUAUAAAACUAGUUAAAUCUUCUAACAACUAGCUCAAAUAUUCAUUGGUACAUUUUAUGUAAGUUUCCUUUUAUAUUACAUACAAAAAGAUCCAUGUUAAGUACAGAUUGGAGAUUGGAAUCAGUUUGGAUAAGAGGUUUUUGUGGAUUAUUUCAUAUUACAAAAGAAAAAAAUUAUUUCUGAGAAAUUGGACUAAUUUUCUCAACUAGAAUGCUAAAAACAAAAAUAUGAAGGAAAUUGAAACCCCUUAUUAAAUUGAUCUGUGAAAACAUUGUUACUGGAAAUUCAGUGGGAUGUGAGGCCUUUCUUCCAGAAAACAAGGACUUGAUUGUCAGGCCUAUAUUAGGUUCUGAACCUUAAUGCCAUGUAUUUGUACUUAUUAAAAUUGUUUCAAUGAAAAAUAUAUUAGUAAUAUGAACUUCUGGUCUAGUUGGGAGUUCUUCCAUUUGAAAAAUGUGAUAUUUGCAUGGAACUGUUUGAAUUGCUUUGUUUUCUCAGUUUCCCCUCCACUGGAUAGAAUUGAAGAUAGAAUUUUCCCUUUUGAUAAAGGAAUAAAAAGUGAACAUGUGAUUUGUAAAUUGAUGUUUAGUAACUAGAGAUAAACUUGAAAUACUAGAAUACAUUAUAAGCCUAAUCCUAGGUAGUCUUACAAAAAUGUAUCUCUUUUUAACUAUGUUUUGAACCUAUAUUCACAUUGGUUUUCAAGAUAUUUUAAGUUAUAUUUUUUCCUUUUCAGAGCUGCUUCUUUGGAGCUACUUUUUUUCUUUUUUAAAUUGAGGUGUACUUCACAACGGGCUACAUUUUUUUGAUAAUGCUUUUAUAACUGGCCAGAUGUUUUGCUCUAAUCUUCUAAAAGGGCCAUUUUAUAUUUUAGAAUCACUUCUAAAGUCAUGUGGUCUUUAACUUUGGGGACUAUUUUGCAUAUGAGUGUUAAUUCAAUUUUAAACCCAAGUAGACCUCAUUUGCAUGUCACCCCAUGAAUGUUGACAAUGGAAGAAAUACCUUGCCUGUAGUAGAACAUCAGUUCUGGACUGAGAAGCUGGGGAAAAAACUUAAUUUUCUUUUUUGCAUAAAUCAGGAAAACAGCUGGUAUGCAGUUCCCUUGUUGACCUCAGCAGAUGAAGUGAGCUGAUAGUGUUAAUUCAGAUUAAGAAACUUUCUGAAUUUUACCUUAUGUAGAUUUUGUUAAUCUACAUGCAAUGUUAACUAAAUCGGGUAGCUUUUACAGUUUCACAUUUUGUGUACAUAGGCUUUCUCCACCCUUUUUCAACAUCCAUUAGUUACUGAACUCUGUAAACUGUCAUUGAAACAUUAAAACAAUGUUUUGUUGCACCAGUUUUAUAAACUUUUAUAGUGCAAUACGUGUUAUUUUUCAGAGACAAACCAAAGGUUAAUUUCUCAAGGUUCUUGCUGCCUGCUUAAGCAGCAUUUUAUGGAGGAUCUUUUAUAUAUACAUUUGUAAUAAAUGAAAAAUAAACCAGAUUGAAAAUUUUUUUUUUAACCACGUACUGAGUUUUUGGUCCAAAUUGUAUAGGAUAAGUUAAAGUUAAAUUGCAUUCUAUUAACCAAUAUGAGUGUAUUUCUGUAAGCAUAGUUACAUUGAAAUAAAGUUUUAAAAAGCA